AUGGCCUUUGGACGCAUUCUCUCUAGCGACAGCGAAGGCAACUUCAGAGGACCUCUCACUCUUUCUCUCAAACAAGGGUCUCUCUUGGUGAUGAGAGGGAACAGUGCUGACAUGGCAAGGCAUGUAAUGUGUCCAUCAAAAACCAAAAGAGUCAGCAUCACAUUCUUUCGUGUACGUCCUGAAACCAACCAUUACCAUUCACAACCAAACAGUCCUCACCACAACGACGGUGCAAUGACAAUGUGGCAACAACAACAACCAUGUCCCUUCCCAAUGCCACCAACUCCAUUCCUCAACGGCUUUGAUCAUUCGGUUGAAGCGAUGCCAAAAUUUGGAGUCUUUCGUCCUCCGAUGAUCAUGAUGGCACCACCACCGCUUCAGCCAAUGGUACUAACAAGUCCCGGUGCGAUGGGAACCGGUGGUGGUACCGGAGUUUUCUUACCAUGGGCGUCGUCAGUCUCUCUGCUGAUCUUGAAAGAUACAGUUAUGGAAUUGAUCGUCGAGAAAAAUGAUGGCUCAACGUUCUCCAUUGAAGCAGAUACCAGCGAAACAGUGUUAGAUAUCAAAAAGAAGAUCGACAAGUCUCAAGGUAUCCCAUUUUCCAAUCAAAAGCUUUUCUUCCAAGGCACGCUUCUUGAAGAAGACGAUCUUGAUCUCAAACACUACAAGAUCGUCAAACAAUCUCGCAUCCACCUCUUCUUGCCUCCUAACCUGAAACCUAAUCACAACAAAGAUCAAGUUCUUCAUCAAACAGAGCAAUCUCCGAAACCGCCAAAGUCGAGUACAGAGAAAUCUGUAGUUCCUUUGACAAACGAAGAAAAAGUUUACCUUCAAGAUUCGUCGGAGGGAAACAGCUACUAUCAAGAUUUGCUUCAAAGGGAGCCGUCAAAUUUAGUCGGAGACUUGGUGUCCGGUGAGAAUAAGCCUACGACAUCCGAAGAAAACGUUAACAUUCAAGAUUCGUCGGUGAGACACAACUACUUUCAAGAUUUGCUUCUAAGGGAGUCAUCAUCUCCUCUGUCAUACUUAACCGGAGACUUCGUUUCCGGUGAGAAGAGGCCAAUGAGAGCCGAAGAAAACGUUAACAUUCAAGAUUCUUGCGGGAGAAACAACUACUUUCAAGUCACCUACUAA